GACUCUUAUUGCAGCAACCUUCACUUUCUUAUUUGCCUCAAGUUUCACAAAACUAUCAUACAAUGUCUUCUUCUAGACCCCCCAUUAGAAAGGACCCUGCUUGGAAAUUUCAUGAGGAUUUUCCAGGGCAAAAAAAGGGGCAGACAAAGUGUUUUUUUUGCAAAACAAUAUUCCAUGGAGGCAUAUAUAGAUUGAAAUACCAUAUUGUUGGUGUGCGUGGGCAUGAUGCCGACCAAUGCAUUGAAGCAACGAAUGAGGCCAUACGCAAGUGCUAUGUAAUGGUUGAAGCAAUUGAAAACAAAAAGAAGCAAAAGGAUGAUCUUGCGACCAUUGGAAGUGGGACAACUUUAGGUUGUGUUGGAGGGGCUUCUUCCAUGCCUCCAUAUCGUCCCACUCACCAUGCUACUGUUGGUGCUAGUGCUUCUGCUUCUGCAGGUGCCACUACUCAUGUUCCUAGCAUUGCUAGUGGUAGUGGGAGUGUUAGCAUUGGACCUAGAAUUCGUAAAUCUAGGUUGGAUACCUUCUUUGUGCUUCGCACUACUCCUGGGUCCCAACAGUUGCUUGAGAGCAUGGGUUGGAACAAGGAGGUCCAUGAUGCCGCUAAAAUGGCAGUUGGCAGGUUUUGGGUGUACGACAGUGUUCCAUUCUUUACAGCCAGGUGAAUGUUUUAUGUUUGAUUGUUUAAAUUUUUAUACUUUGAUUCUUCGUUUUAUUUUUUCCCGUACAUACUUAACUUAUCUCAUUUAAUUUAUUUGUGACAAGUCUCCUUAUUGGCAAGAAAUGGUUGAUGCCCUUACCAUAUGCAAGGCAGGGUUCAAAGCCAGAUAUGGAGCACUAAAGGUUGCACCAUCAUGACUGAUGGUUGGAUGGAUAGGAGAAAUAGAACUCUCCUUAAUUUUCUUGUUUCUUCCACAGGGGGGCACCAUUUUCAUCAAGUCCAUUGAUGCCUCCGCCCAUUGCAAGAAUGCCACCUACCUAUGUGAGCUGAUAGAGGAGGUGAUUGAUGAGGUGGGUGAGGAGAACGUAGUACAG